CCUCGUCCUGCCUUCUUGACUUCUGAACCUCGCGAUGCGAUGUCAACCAAAAACAUCUACAAAAUGGCCGACAUCGAAGCCAAUACAGAAAUAGCACUCCAAACAAUGGAGCCCCCUCAGGAUGAAGCAUCAUUGACUGGUACAGAAGUUGCGCGUCCCGCCGAACGAAAAAUGAAAAAGAUAAUCCGCAAAAAGAAGCGUCCAGCGCGACCACAACUCGAUCCCUCAACCAUGAAAUCCGAACCGCCUCCUCAGACUGGUACCAUUUUCAACAUAUGGUACAACAAAUGGUCCGGCGGUGACCGCGAAGACAAAUAUCUCUCAAAGACGGCUGCGGCAGGACGUUGUAAGAUUGCGCUGGACACGGGUUAUACUAAGGCCGACAAGGUUGCUGGGAGUUAUUUCUGCUUAUUCUUUGCGCGGGGAAUAUGUCCCAAAGGGCAGGAAUGCGAAUACCUACACAGGUUACCGGGGAUUCAUGAUAUGUUCAAUCCUAAUGUGGAUGUAUUUGGGAGAGACAAACACUCGGAUUACAGAGAUGAUAUGGGAGGAACCGGAAGUUUCAUGCGGCAGAAUCGCACGAUAUACGUGGGAAGAAUUCAUGUUAGUGAUGACAUUGAGGAGGUUGUAGCGCGACAUUUUGCGGAAUGGGGACAAGUGGAGAGAAGUAAGUGUUUCCAACACGAAUUUGUCCUGAGGUUGUUGCUAACAAUGAUAUAGUUCGUGUUCUGAACACUCGAGGUGUCGCAUUUAUCACAUACUCAAAUGAAUCAAACGCCCAAUUCGCCAAAGAGGCAAUGGCUCACCAGUCUUUAGAUCACAACGAGAUUUUGAACGUGCGAUGGGCAACAGCGGAUCCAAAUCCAAUGGCCCAAGCGCGGGAGGUGCGAAGAAUUGAAGAACAAGCAGCAGAAGCUGUACGGAGAGCAUUGCCCGCGGAGUUCGUCGCGGAAAUUGAAGGGCGGGAUCCAGAGGCGCGGAAACGAAAGAAGAUAGAAGGCGGAUUUGGAUUGGCAGGUUAUGAGGCUCCAGAUGACAUAUACUUUGCUAGAGGCGCCAAUGCUGUAAAUCCAGUGGGCAGGCAAGGAUUGGAGCUGGAGGAUGAGCAAAGAUUGAUGAUCGAGGCAGAUCAAGUUGAAAGAGCGGAGGCUGAAGAGAGCGGUAUAUUUUCCAGCAGUACCCUUGCUGCAUUACAGAGUACCCAGUGCACAAUUGCGUCGAAGCCCAAGCCAAAGGCAAUUUCAGGCCCUCUGGUGGCUUAUGAUAGUGACAGUGAUUAA